UAUUUGGCGUCAUCAAGAAGUGCCACGAUGAUGAACCAAUGAUGUCGACUUAGUAGAAAAAUACAAUGCUGAUGUAUACCUGCUUGGUUAAAACUUUAUUGUAACAUUUAUAUCAGUUCGACGAUAUAUACGUGUAUUUUAUCAGGUGCUGUUAUGGAAAAUUCUUGCAACGAAGACCUUAUUUCCCGUGGAACAGGACAAAGUGACGAUUCCGACAUCUGGGACGACACGGCCCUGAUAAAAGCUUAUGACAAAGCGGUGGCGUCUUUUAAGCAUGCACUGACAGGAGAGGAGAACCCGGAAUCCAAACAACAACAACCUGGGAAGAAACGGAAAAACAACGUAAGGAAUAGUAGCAGAAAAAGGAGCAACGCUUCCUCUAGCAAAGAGUGGAAAGUUGGUGACUCCUGCUGUGCUCGGUGGUCUGAGGAUGGGAACUUGUAUUCAGCCAGAAUUACCUCCAUUGAUCACAAGAGAGGCACUGGCUUUGUUGUCUACACAAAUUAUGGAAACAAGGAGGAGCAUUACCUGAAAGAUCUUCUGUCUGCAGGCACUGUGAAAGAGGAAACACCAGAGGGAGUCCAUGCGACGGAGGAGUCUUCAGCAGAAGAUGGUGAAAAGUUUUCAACACAUCUGCCAAGUCACCCUGGACCAUCCUCAGGAACAAAAUCUAGAACGGGAGAAGGCAGAAAGUCCGGUCACAGCAAACUUCCUAAGUGUGGUUUCCCCCCACUCUUCCCCCCCGCUGCUGUUCCAAUGAUUCCACCGCCACCGCCCAUGAUAUCUGCCAUACUAGAGGAGGAUGAAGCCCUGGGGGCCAUGCUGAUCUCCUGGUACAUGAGUGGCUACCACACAGGAUUUUACUUGGGUCUGAAACAGGGUUCUAAAACACAGGAACAAGAAUCAAGUUUAGUUAAAAACUCUUCGUGAUAUGAUCAUUUAAAGCAUAUUAAAGAUGGCUGCCCAGGUUGAGUGAAGAAGCAAGUGUUCUUGUUCAGUACCACACAAUUAUUUUUUUAUGUGUUUUCUUUUUUUUAAACUUCUGCAUUGGUGGUAUGUACGAGACUCAACAUGGCCUAUUCCAAUGUAUUGCUAAACUUUGUGUUCUUUGAACAUAUAGAGACCUGGUGGUUUAUACUUUUCAAAUUAAUAAAGUGAUAGGGGUUUAUAUCAAAA